UCAAAAACAAGGUCGACGAAGACGAAAUCAGUAAUCAGUUUGUGACGAAGAGAAUAAUACAACCUUUGUCCGUUUUAAUUUUUUUAGGAUUAGUGCGUCUCAUUAAUUUCAGUUAAACCAUAAUUAGUGAGGCAUGUCGGGCCACAACUACAUAAAGUCGACGAAUCCUUUCGAUGACGACGACAUCGACGACCAAACAUUUCUAAGAAACUCGAGACGACCCGUGCAACAACCCACUUUCGACGAUCAAAUGCAAUCGUUUGCUGAAAAAAAGAAGGCCAUAGAAGAUCGCACGAUAAACAGCUCUGAAAAGAGCAUCAGCAUUCUACGAGAGUCGGAACAGAUCGGUAUAGCCACAGCAGAGGAGUUAACGAGACAAAGGGAAAAGUUGGAGAAGACCGACAAGCAGUUGGACGAAAUCAACGCGACCCUUAGAUUUUCCCAGAAGCAUAUUAAUGGAAUUAAGUCUGUGUUUAGUAGCCUGAAGAAUUACAUGUCUGGGAAGAACGACCCCAGCCCAACGACAUCCAGUUCUACCCCUAGCACGGUUAAGCAGUCAGCUUCUACUCAAAAUUUGGAAGACAAACUGCCCAGUUACGAUCGUUACGACAACCAUCCCUCAACUAGGUUACGUGACAACGACUACAGUCCCUCACAGAUGGUGGUAAACCAGUCCGGUAGCAAAGACUUCAGUGCCCGUUUGGACGCCAAUUUGCAGGAAAUGUGCAGUAAUAUAUCUCGAUUGAAAGGCUUGGCUACGGAGCUCGGCAGUGAAAUUGAAUCUCAAAAUGACCUUAUAACGGGUAUCAUGGAUAAAACCGAAAAGGCCGAUAUGACAAUUACCAAGCAAAACAAGGAUAUGCAGAGAAUAUUAAAGAAGUAAUAUGUUUUUUGUGAAGUUCACGAUGGCAAUGUUCUUCGUUCAGCUCUUUUAUGUCAAAUUAUCUAAAUUGCUUUGAAAAGUACAAAUCAUCUAAGUUUAUAUAUACGGUGAUUCAUAAUUGUCUUUUUAUUGAAAGUGAUUCGUCGAAAAUUAAGAAAAUAGACGUAUAUUUUCUUCAAAAGUCACCAGCGACAAAUAAACAGCAAUAAAAGGAUAUUUAUGGGGCCCGUUGGCUAUUUAUCGCAACUGCGAGACAUGUAUUACUAUGAAUAAAUACUCCGUAUAAGAAAAUUGAUAUAUUAAAUGAUUCCAAAGAACUAUUUUUUUAAAUUAAAAAUCGUACUACUUAAUUUACUUAUUAGCUAAUUAUUCCUUAGUAUUUUAUUGAUAUUUAUAAGCUGUGCCCUUUAUUUGUUCAGGUGUUAUGAAUUUAUAAAGCAAUAUAUUUGGUGUUUCUCA